AUGGCUGACAACCUUCGCGAUCAAACAGCACAGCGACAGAACCCGACAUUCAUCCAACGUGUCAGCGAGGAGGAGGCUGUGCUAGGCGACAAGGCAGUCGGCGGAACGGACAACGAUGCAGAUCACGUCCCGAACGUUGAGCGCGGCCUGAAAGCGGCCAUCAACAACCCAAACACCUCGCAAAAGGCGAAGGAGCAUGCUCAAAACAAGCUCGACGCGGUUGAAUGA